AUGACGAGCUCCGUCGCGUGGCUCGUCCUGCUAUUAUUGGUCGGGGCCGCCUCGAGUCGACGUAUCGGCGUCAAUUUCCGUUUCGGCGACAAGCCCACCGUGAAUCGCGUCAUCGAGCACGACGAGGCGGACAUCGCCGGACGGGUCCUGAGCGUCAAGCUCGACGGCAGCUCGACGACGAGGAAGGGUCAGCUGGCGUACAUGAUCUGCGACGAUUCGAAGCGCGAACGAAAAUGUCGAGUUAUCGUCGAGGACUAUCGACACGGCAACCGGACGAUCUCCAAGUCCUGCGAGCUCGUCUUGACACCGGAACAGUCCAAGAGGUCGACGAUUUCCGACAAAUUCGACGUCACCGUAGUCCGCGACGAUUUCGUCGUCGUCACGUGGUACGAGCAGAAAGUCAACAAGGGUAAGGGGACCUCGCUGCUGCGACUGACCAAGCUCCAGCUGAACGACUGCCGGUCGAAGCCCAUCGACACCAAGAAGGUGGAGCACUUGGAGGCGAUAACUUACGGCCUCUUGUCGAUGGACGGACAAAACGUUUAUUGGUACGGCGUGGGGGUGAAUCCUCAACGGCCAAGGGUGUACUUCAGUUUCGGCGUCGAAUUCGACAAAGACGAAUUGGCUGUUAACGGAUCGCGCAGAUGGAUGUCCUUGGAGAAAUUCGGCAGGGACUCUCCGCGACUGGAGGUGCGAUUCGAGCCCGUGAUCAAGACGCUGUUCUUCUAUCCGAUUCCGUUUGGUUUUACGCUGCUCGAGCGAGUUCCCGACCAACGUAACUCUUCCUUGGUGACCGACAGAAUUUUCUCCACUGUGAAUCCAGGAAACGAAGUUAAAGCCCCGUACGCGACGAUGGAGCACCCGGCCGACCACGGGAUCACCUUCAACAGCGACCAAUCCUACAGCACGCUGUGCAACAGUACCAGAUACACCGUCAAUUGCAGCCUCGACUUUACCCUCAGCCCAUUUCUCAACGCUCUGCUCUCGCCGCUGUUGUGGAAGACGACGCUCGAUUACCCAGGCCCCGAGGACGAGGUGCAGGCGAUCAGGGACUUGGCGGUGUACAAUACGGAAUACGGUCCGCUGCUGGCCUUGGGCCACCAAGACGACUACACGCUGCUGCUGUGGCGGCCCGUGAUGAAACCCCAGGUGUACACGGCUAGACUGCCCAGGCCCAACUGCGACGAGUUCAAUGUCGUGGAGAGCGGCCUGUUCGAGAACGAGAACGGCGACUACUGCGUGCAGACGCUGUGUCGCGCUGGUGUUGCCGGACAAAAAUUCACCGUCUCCGUGGCCUGCAUCGAUUACAAGCUCGAUUACAUUUAA